GAGGGAUUUAGAGUGAAUAUAGAAACAUUUCGAGAAUUGCAGAGGGAGCUAUUGGAGUGAGUGAUGCUGCCACAUCUGCCGAAAGAUAUAACCGAGAAGAGAUUAGAGCACUUCAUCAUUAAUACGAAGCUGAGUCUGAAACAAGCCAAACAGAAACUAGACGUGUACUACACGGUUAGGGGACUUGUGCCUGAGCUUUUCACCAACCGAGAUCCAAUGUGCAAGGAUCUCAUUCGACUACGCCAAACUUUGUAUCCAAUGGAUUGCUCUGGCCAGGCUGACUCCAGAGAAAUACAGAGAAAUACAUCGACCCUCGAGUCUCUCUCCCCAUUCAUACCCAGAUCCGUCCUACCCGCUGACUACGGCGGGGAUCAAGCCACCAUGGAUGAACUAUCAGAAAGUUGGGAGCUGAAGUUGGCAGAAUGGCGAGACGGGUUCAUAAUCCAGGAGAAUGUUCUCGUGGACGAGUCGCGGAGAGAGGAAACCAUCGACGAUAAUGAAUUGUUUGGAUUUUCCGGAUCCUUUCGUAGGCUUGAUAUUGAUUGA